AUUAUUAUUUAUUAAAGACUAAUUUGAAAGAAACACCAUAUUAGAAUUACUCUUUAGAAUUUCUUGAGUUGUAGAGAGGACCACUAUCAGGCCCGGCCCAAACCGGGCAAACAAAAGUCGUCUCAAUCAAUAAAAGAAAAAAUCAAUUCCAGGUCUAAAAUCGCCUGUGCUUUCAGCAUUCUUCGGAACCCUCAGAUCCGAGCUCGCCUGAACCCGAGUUGGCGAAUUGUAUUUGAGAUGUGUAUAUUGAUGACUAUAGCUGGUUUUUGAGCUUUCAUGGUUAAGGUUUCUGAAUUAUAAUGGCAUGUCUGGUUGAUGAUUCCAGUAUGGGUGGUCAAAGGAGUGGCCAUGGAAAACGUUCUCAUUCUCAUUCGGAACACGCUGAUAACGGGACAAGCAAAAGAAGAAAUUCUGGCGGCGGCGGUGGCGGUGGAAAGGAACAUUUUUCAAUUGACCCUAAAGACACGGUAUAUCGCUACCUGUGCCCUGGAAAGAACAUAGGAAGUAUAAUUGGAAGGGGAGGGGAGAUAGUGAAGCAGUUAAGGGCUGACACUAAAUCGAAGAUUAGGAUUGGUGAGACGGUCCGUGAUUGCGACGAGCGUGUUGUCACUAUCUACAGCUCGAGCGAGGAAACAAACGAUUUUGAAGGAACUGAAGAUCGGGGGUGUCCUGCACAGGAUGCCCUCUUCAAGGUCCAUGACAGAAUUGUAGGCGAUGACAUGUCAGUAGACGAGGAAUCUGAAGAUGGCCCACGUGUGACUGCUAGGCUGCUUGUGCCCUCUGAUCAGAUUGGAUGUAUUAUUGGGAAAGGUGGGCAGAUAGUUCAGGAUCUUCGUAGUGAAACGGGCGCACAAAUUCGAAUCUUGAAGGAUAACCAUCUGCCUGCUUGUGCACUGACUUCGGAUGAGCUUGUGCAGUUUUUUGAAGAUACAUACUCUCCAACAGUUGAAGCAGCAGUGCGGUUGCAACCAAGGUGUAGUGAACAAAGUGAAAGAGACUCUGGCCUUAUUUCAUUCACCACCCGCUUGCUUGUACCCACCUCUCGCAUAGGCUGUCUUCUUGGAAAGGGAGGCUCUAUAAUCAACGAGAUGAGGAGAAUGACCAAAGCUAACAUUCGUAUACUCUCAAAGGAACACCUUCCCAAGGUUGCUGCUGAAGAUGACGAGAUGGUGCUGAUAUCUGGAGAUCUAAAUGUGUCAAAGGAUGCACUCUUACAAGUCACCUCACGGUUGAGAGCAAAUCUUUUUGGAAGAGAAGGUGCUGUAUCUGCCAUUGUGCCUGUUCUUCCAUAUCUUCCUAUGUCAGCGGAUGAUCCUUCACGUAGCAUAAAGUAUGAAAGCAAAGAUUCUAGAAGACAUGGACAUUCUUAUCCUGGCGAUUAUGGUGGACUGAAUGAUCCCCCACACUAUAGUGAUAGUUACCGACAUUAUGGUGGUGUUCAUAGUAACAGCAGCAGCAGCGUCAGGCAUGGAGCAUAUGAAGGGUAUCAUGUGGGCCGUUCUGGUAGUUCUGGGCUUUCUGGAUCAAACUCUGAAUCCCGUAGAAGAAGUUAUGGUUACUGAAGUUUUCUAUCCUGAUAUGCAGCUGAAGCCUGAAGCCCCAGCCUACUGCCCCCUUUGGUGAAGCCUUCAGCCUAACCUGAAGACCAGAUGAAUGAGGAUUUUUCUUUAGGAGUACCAGUUCUUGAAGACUUCACUCCUUACCUGUUAUUCAACUUUGCCAUUUCCUGAGACCACCUAAUAGUACCAAGCUCAUAAACUUAUCCUAUGCAACUAGCAAGCCUUUCUACUCUUUUACCUGUUAGCCAUGUUUGUUUUUUUUAAAUGAUCAUGCUGUUUUUGUUUGUGAGCCUUUACUGUUUAGUAGCCCACUUAUCCAUGAACUAUCUUGCUUUAAAGUGAUCUUUUCUCUUUGUUGUUUUCUGUGUUUCUAAGGUGGUUAUCUGGUUAUGGUUUUAGUUCAGGCUCUAAUUUAUGUACAGUUAUACAUGCAAUUUGUAGCUUUAGUAGUUGGAUGUCAAAUUUAAAAAAACCGAAUAUCACUUU